AUGCGAGACCUUCUUCGCGCCUAUUUCUCUCGGAGAACUCUCGUAUCUCUCUACAAUCUCUUCAUAACCCUCUCUCUUAAGCUCCUCACUUCGUUCCCUCUCUCUCUCCUCAAGCCCAAAUCCAACGACGGUGAUGGCGUCGCAGAAUCCGAGGCCGUUCCGUUGCUCGAUCUGUCUAAACCGUCGUUACCUAUAUCAUUCCCGAUUAAAGCUCUUCAAGACCUGAAAUCUCGUUCUUACUUCGAUUCCUUUCAUUUCCAGUUUAAUCGCUCCACCGUUCCUCUCCGGCGAAACUCCGAUGAUUCACCGAAUCGUCCAAGGGUUUUGGUCUGCCACGAUAUGAAAGGAGGGUACGUAGACGAUAAGUGGGUACAAGGGUGUGAAAACGAAGCUGGAUUCGCGAUUUGGCAUUGGUACUUGAUGGACAUUUUUGUUUACUUCUCUCAUUCUCUGGUCACUCUUCCUCCUCCUUGCUGGACCAAUACUGCUCAUAGACAUGGCGUUAAGGUAUUGGGGACUUUCAUCACAGAAUGGGAUGAAGGAAAAGCUACCUGCAAAGAGAUGUUUGCUACAAAGGAGUCUGCUCAGAUGUAUGCAGAGCGUUUGACAGAACUUGCUACUGCUUUAGGUUUUGAUGGGUGGCUGAUAAAUAUAGAGAACGAAAUAGAUGAAGAACAGAUUCCGAAUUUAAUGGAAUUUGUAAGCCAUCUAACAAAAGUCUUGCAUUUAUCUACACCUGGGGCUUUGGUUAUAUGGUACGACAGUGUCACCGUUCGUGGUGAUCUUAAAUGGCAAGAUCGGUUGACUGAGAACAACAAACCUUUCUUUGACUUAUGCGAUGGAAUAUUCAUGAACUACACAUGGAAGGAGGGCUACCCCAAACUAUCAGCUGAAGUUGCCGGGGACAGAAAAUAUGAUGUCUAUAUGGGAAUUGAUGUCUUCGGUCGGGGCUCCUUUGGUGGUGGACAAUGGACUGUAAAUGCUGCUCUUGAUUUGCUGAAAAGAAACAAUGUAUCAGCUGCCAUUUUCGCUCCUGGAUGGAUAUAUGAGACUGCACAACCACCCAAUUUUCAUACAGCUCAGAACAAAUGGUGGUCACUUGUCGAGAAGUCAUGGGGAAUAGUCCAAGCUUAUCCACAAGUCUUGCCUUUUUACUCGGAUUUCAAUGAGGGCUUUGGUUACCAUGUUUCACUCGAAGGUCGCCAAUUGUCAGAUGCUCCAUGGUACAACAUUUCUUGCCAAAGUCUUCAGCCUCUCCUAGUAUUCAAUGAAGACAACGAAGAUAUCAUCCAUGUCACUGUUGAUGCUCAAGACGCAUCUUAUAACGGAGGAGGGAACAUCUCGUUUAGAGGAAGACUCGAGGGAGAUACGUGUUUCACAACAAGGCUCUUCAAACCCCAUCUUCAGCUUUCUUCUUCCCCCAUCACAAUCUCCUACUCUGUGAAAUCAGAUGAAACAUCUAAACUUGGAAUUAUGCUUUCUUUCUCAUCUCCAUCACACGAGACUAAAUCCAUACUCGUGGCGCCACAGGAACCCAUCCGCAAAUCCAAUGACAUGUUCUUGCAUUGUCUCGCCACAUCAUUGCGGACUGUAUCCGAGUGGAUGGUACACGAGACAAGCCUUGUCAUGGAUGGCCACACACUGACUGAAAUCUCUGCCUUUUGCUACAGACCAGAGAACUCGACAAAGAGACCAGAAUAUGUUGCAUUGCUCGGCCACAUCUCAAUUAAAGAUCAAGUUCAGCUCCAACAAAAACCCGAGUCAUUACCUCCAGCGUCACCAUGGGUCAUCGAAGCUCGUAACGUAGAGCUUGUACCUGGUAAUUCCGGUUCCAAGAUCCUCAGGGUUAAGCUAGAAUGGAAAAAGAAACACCUUGAAGAAUCUGUGUUCUCAACAAGGUACAAUGUAUAUGCAGAGUUUGUGAAGUCGACUGAUCUAAGAGCAAGAAAGGUUCUAGAGAAACCAAGAAGCGAGAUAGAGUUCAUCGGAACCGCUCACGUACCAGAGUAUUACGUAUCGGAACUAGUGGUGGAAUCGGACGUGAAAGGAGUCAGCUUCAUUGUUCAAGCCUGUGAUGAAGAUGGUUCAUGGAGGAAGCUGGAUGAUUCCCCUAACCUUCUAGUGGAACUGGAAGGUCUCUAG